CUAAGGAGACAGAGAGACAACAAAGGGAGAACAGAGAAAACAGAGUCGGUGGGGGAAAAGAUUGUGGUAAGUGUGGUGUUAUAAGUAGGAAUGUGCAGCAGAAAAAUGACAUGCUUGCUAAGCUUUUCUAACCCACGUGCAGACAGAGAGAAACACCACACAGAGAUAGAUGUCUGUUUUAUAUUGGCGUUAUGUAUUGUAAAAUUUGUGUAUAAUACCGAUCUCUAACUAAAAGCAAAGAACGCUUUCUUUGCAACAGGUCCAUUUUGGAGACUCAAGACCUGUUUUCUCGUUUUUCUCAUUGAAACAAAGUGACAGUUGAUAGUUUGGCAGACAAAUUGCAUGUCUGCUCAGGUGCUUGAAGCAGAAAGCCAGGAGACUUUUUUUUGGUUGCUGAUGAUUUUUUCCAGUUUUAUUUUCUGAUGACUAAAAUUCAGUGAAAGAUGUGUGACACUGAGCUAAGGGUUAGCUUACCUACAACAAACCAAACAUUAGGUUCACACACUACAUUUUGUUGAAAAAUGUCAUUUCAAGCAUAGCAAAAAAAAUUUCUAGCAGUUUUUUUUUUUUUCAUAGAAAUACAGAACUCUGAGUUUUUCUGAGCCAAGUCUUCACUGAAACAGAGACAACAGAGUUUUGGUACACCAAACUGUUUCUGUUUUUAUAACAAAACCCUGCUCCUGAGCUGUCACAAUGAGCAGCAUAUUUACUGACCUUCAUCAAAAUUGACAUUAGAGCUAAACUAACAGUUCCUCAUCCUGAACACUGUACAGACUAGCUGCUUUAAGUCAACACGGGUGACACUGAACCAAAAAGAGGUAACACUCAGACAAAACAGGAAAAAGAUCUGUUUGGAAAUACAUUGGAUUCAAGGGAAAUUAAAGGUGUUUGUGCAGGAGAGAAACUUUGAAGAAGUCAAACAAAAAACUUUCAGAGGAGAAGGGUUUAACUUCACUGUCACUGGCUGCACAUCAAACACCAGAGAUGUUCAUCACACUGCCCACUAUAACAGUAAUGUGUCUUUUAAAUUACAGGUUGCAUUUGAGCUCGUGCUUUUAACAAGAAUAACAGCCUCCACACAGAUGACAGACAUAUCAUGAACAUCACCCAAGAGGAUGAUUCAAUAGCUAGGAGCACAUAAAACAUACAAAUGUCUCAUCAAGAGCAGAAUGGUACAAGAAUGAGGUCACAUGAUGAACAGCAAUGAAUGAGUUUGUGUGAGGAAAAAAAAGAGGUUUAGUAUGACUGAAUUCUUCAUAACAGCACUUCAAAUUCACAUCUCAUUGUUCUUUCAGUGAAACUGAUUCCCUGGCAGAGUACUGACAUGAAUGAUGACAUUCGGCCACCUGCUGACCUGUCUUUAAAUGAUUUUUUACAAAGUUCAUUUAAUCAUUAAAUCUGAUAAACAUUAUUAUCUCAAUUCAAAAUAAAUUUAGUUUUUGAUGAAUCAUGAAUGGACAUGUUGAUUUCCACAAAUAUUGGGUUAUGCUAUAUUGGCAUGUGAACAUGACAGAUAUUGCUGUUAAUACUAAAUACUAUGAAAUAAUAGAGGAUCAAAACACUGGUCAAUGACUAUUUUUCAACCCGAUAUGCUUGAAAUGGGAAAGAUGUGUUAUCAAUAAUAAAAAGAUGAUGGUGAUACUGUCCUUGUCAGGGCCAAUGGAAUACAGAACAUGUCAAAAUGUGAAUAAUCAGCCUAAUUAAUCUGCUGACCGAUUAAUCAGUCUGUCCCUAACAUUGACUUCAAAACUAUUCUUUUUCUACAUUAUCCAACUCCUUCUCACACCACACGCCAUUAUCUGCACUGGUCAACUGAAGGAGUAAAAGGAAUUCAAGGGCAUGGCGUUUCUAUGUAGAUCAACCCACAGUAGGAUCCCAUGCAGAACUAACUGGGGAGAGAAAGGGUGACCAUGCAGACAGAGUACCAUGAGGACAAGGGUGAAAUGAGACAUGGAAGCUACCUUGUUAGUGUGCCCUUUUAUAGUAUCCCACUGAAGAUAUAUCUGAUUCAUGACGAAUCCAGUACAUCAUGCAGUUUUCAAGAAAGCUUACACAGACUCAGGUACUACAUUUAAGAAGAAAAAAAAUGAUCAAAAUGAAUCAAUUUUGUCAGGGUAUGCAACGGCCAUGCUUUGAGAGAUACCAACGUCCAGGUGGCCUUGAGAGACAUUCCUUCUGGUAAGCCCAGCCAAGUGAAGCAAGGCCUUCCUAUAAAUCCUGGAUACAGAGAUUGUUUCUACUUUUGUUUGCCAAAGACCUCAAAGAGGCCCUGAGAUGCAAUGCGCAUAGUUAAUGAAACCCACAGCAAGAGAAAAAGAGAAAGCCUCUGCAAAGAAAGACUAUUGGGGGAACUCAAAAAGGCCAAGGGAAGAACAGAGAAACACUUCCUCUCCCCUAAUUUGAAAUUCUAAAUUGAUUUCACAGAAGCAGACAUAAAAUUCACUAAUGUAAAAAAAAGAAAAGAAAAAAGAAAACCUGUCCCAUCCUCAAAAGUAGUUCACAUCUGAAGUUAUAGCAGCUCUCUUCCAAGAUAAAAUGAGACUACUACUGUUUUUCCUCUUGUCUUUAACCGCAUGCUAUUUGUAAAGGCUGAAGAGUCUGGCCCAGCAGGAGAGAGCAGGGCUAUCCUCAGGGAAAAUGCAGUUCAUGUGCUGUGAGGGGGAAUUAAAGCACAGGCCUGACUUACAAUAACACACUCACACUGAGGUAGAGAGGCCUUUCACUUCACCCACAGAGAGAAGCUCAGAUUUUCCCAGUGUACAAUCAGCAUUUCAAUGGUCUUGCUGGAGGCUAUUCUUUACGAUACAGCCACAUAAUGAGGAUUCAAAGCGCCAAAAGCACAAGCUUAUGUUUUGCACUUAGGCUGCAAAAACAGCAUCGCAAAAAGUAGACCUACAGUAGUGUGGGAAAUAAAAUGUUUCAAUCAAUAACGCCUACACAUAAAUUACAGUCUUGGCAAGCUUACUCUAGGGAAGUGAAAGCAAUGGCUGGUGAAAAACUAAAGCUGCAAAGUACUCUACUCAAUUGUGUGUAAUAUGCAGUAUCUAUAUCUGUGACUGGCAGAUUUAAAGUUACUGUUUCUCUUCCACCUCACUGCAACUUUAAAUGCAUGCAUGUUCACAGACUUAAAAAUACAUGCGUAUUUUCUGAGCUCUUCUCAUUUAAAAAAAAAAAAAGUAUUUAUUCCCUGAAGCAGUGCCUGUUCUUUUAGUGUCUUCACUAACACCAGGGGUCUGAGUGAAGCUAUGGAAGCUUUUGGUCGUAAAUGCAACAAGUACUGACAUGUGUAUGCUUUGACAUGGCCACCCUCCACUCACAGAUACUACAUUUUCACAUACAAAAAGAAAGACUUGUUGAGUGUUAGUUUCAGACGUUUCGAGCCAUGGCCACCCAGGAAACUAGUUUCACACUUGAUAAAUUUCUGUAUGUCACAUUCUUAGAAGAGUCAUUAAACCUGCAAGCUUAUACACAAGGAAUGAAUUCUUAUAAGAGCUCUACCAUUACCCAGAUUUAUGAGGGAAAUACCAAAAAAAGGUGUCACAAAACUGUACAUAUUUGUUCAAAUACUGAGUUUUUGAGCUUACUAGUUCUUCAUUUAAGUACUCUCAUUCAGUAAUACAAAAGCAGAAAAUUCUUCAGCCUGCCACAGAAAAAGGACACCCUUCUUAAUCCCUCUUUAAAGGACACUUGUUUACAGGCUUACAACUUAAUUUUACCUUAAAAGCUUUUUUAGUCUCAUCUUUUACAUCCAAUUCUUAUGUUUAUUUUAAAUGCCUCAAUGUUGGGUUGUUUUUCAGUCACAUCUAUCAAUCAUAUGCACUUUUGUCUUGUUUUCAUUGUUACUCUUGUUGAGAAUGUAGUCAUCCUGAUGUUCUUUUAUAAAUCAUACUAGUUUUAUUUAACACCACUAUUGUUAUGCGAGUUCACAUUAAAGGUACAGUUUGUAUAUUUUGCUGCCUUAACCAGAAAACAGACUGGGAAGGAAUAAGGUGUGCUAAGUGCAUUUGAUGAGCUUUUUUUAUGCUAGAACUUGUCAGAUAGAGGAUCAUACUUGUCAUGCAUUACAGGAGUUCCUUGUCCUCAAGGGCCACCAUCCAUUCACUGGUGGGAGGUGUGAGCAAAGGAGUGCUUCAAUCCAGAAUCAGGCUGCUAGAUAAUGCUAAAAAUGACAGUGUUAACACACAAUCUACCAUUUUCAGCCAGCAGGUUUAAGUUUUACCUGUUUCAUUCUUAUGUUUGUCGGGCUGUUAUGGUUACACCUUUCAAACAUUACUGUUUCUACAGUUUUUUUUGUUGUUUGAUUGUAUGAAACUGUUGUGUUUUCAGUGCUUCUAAAGGGAAAAUCACUUUGAUUGUGCCACAGUGGGACAUAUUGUGUGUUUGUGGAUUUAAACUUUGAUAUAUUUUUUUGUCUCUGGGUUUAAAGGCAUCAAAAACAAGGUUACAGAUGAGCUGGAAUACUCCAUUCCUUCAACAGAUGCCAAACAGUGUGACUCCAAAAAGGUCAAGAUACCCCCAAUAAUUAACGGAUGUAUUUAACUCAGAAAUACUCAAUUUGGGUUGCUUGUGGUUUACCUCUGGCUAUAAAUAAUCCACAACAAACACUGCCAAGGCUGCUGGAUCACCACCCUGAGUUCAACAGAAACCCAAUAAUGAUUUCCACAGAGGCACUAGACAACGUUUUGCUUCCCCUUUCUCUCAAAAAAACAUAUCCUUUUGCAUAUGUUGCCAGAUGGACAUGAAGGCUUUAGGAAGUGAUUUGCCUAUUGUUAAAACAGGGGUAAAAAACUUUGGUGCAUGGGUGUAUCGCCCACUAUAUCUCUGGUCACAAAGCUGUGAUGUUGCAACUUGCAAGUCACUUCUCUGCAGCCUGAGUUAAAGAUAUCCUGGCAUGGGCACAGCAAAUGCCUGUGCACGUCAGAGAGGCAGCAAGUCAUGUUCUCACAUAUCAAAAACACUGAAGUUUGCAGGUAUAAAGCAGAGAGCAGAUGCAGCAAACCGACAUGGGAGAAGUCUCUACUCCUUUUAUGGCUCGCUGGUGUUGUGAGCUGAAAUGGAGAUGUAGCAUCAAAUGCAACAGUAUUCAGCAGUUUGUCUCUCACAGUGCGCUGCUUUUAUCGAGCUCAACGAGGACAGUAUACAGUUACAAUGCCGUAUAAAUGCGUAAACUCGAUAUUUCCAAGCAGCGAGCAUUCAGUUCGUCUUGGUAUUGUAUUUUGUUUUAGGCUAUGGCUAAGCUGAGUACUUGGCAAGCCAGUGAAGUAGUUCAUCAACACCAGUCAUUGGCAGCAGAUGUGAACGGUGAUAAAAGCGAACACUGCCGCUAAAUAAACGAAAAAGUGAAGUGCUGCGAGGCUGACAAUUCAGAUGUAACGUCAUACCAUUCGCUUAUACAGAUAGAAAGAUAUUAGUCCUUGACUUUAUGAGUAAGCGCUCUUCCCAGUUAUUAGACAGAGCCCGAAAAAACAAGCUCAUUUACCUUGAAGCGUUUUUAACCAGCCGCAGCAAACGUCGUCUGAUUCCCAUGCACGAACGUAUAGUCCUGCUUUUAGAAGAAAAAUACGUAUUUUCCGUCACUUUAUCCGGAUACAUUAGCUAUAAUUUUCGAGUUAGCAUAGCUAAGUUUGUACUUGAAAGCUAGCCAGUGUUGAGUUAGCUAGUUCCCAUUGACUCCACGGUCCAGCCCAUGCAGCCGUUUAAUACGUGUACACAAAAGUCUGCAGAGCUCAGACAGACGGCGGCGGCCUACCAAAUGUUUACAUCGCACAGAGCAUGCGCAUCCAAUUCAACCAUAGCACAAAAGCGACAUCUAGUGGUUAAGUAAUGAGACUGCAGGUCAAACAGUUUCUCAUCAGUCUGCCAAAGAGAAAAUUUGUUUCUGAAUUAAAAAUUAUUAUAAUAAUUGUGGGGGGCCAAUGGUUGGAGUCAAACAUCGAGUUCAUGUAACUAUGGGUAAAAACGGCUACAAAUAUCACAAACAACAUUUCAUAACUAAGUUACUUGAGACAAGGUGUGAUACUUAUUCACAACUUAUCAAGAAAAUGUUGGCAUAAAAAAUAUUGAAAUAAUAUUAACAUUUUUACCUGCCAAGUCAGGGCAGCUGUCAUGGCACAUUUUGACUAAAAAUUAGGCAAAUUUACUUAGACUGACUUUUUUUUUCAGUACAGACAUCAUCCAAUCAGCCAGCUGCAGUUAAUGGAAUACGUUAUACGUUGGAAUAUGUUUUUUUGUUUGUUUGUUUUUUGUCAUUUCUUUUACACAUUAACAAUUGCUAUAUUAGAUGUAGCAAAGUACAAUGUUCUAACAUAAAACAAUCAAGCAAGAUCAAUGGUGCAAAUUUUAAAAACUAUUACUAAGGUCCAGGUAUUAAACUUGAAAAACACACUUCAAAAAUACACGAAAACCAAACACUUCCGCAUAUUACAGUCAGUUGACAUUCCUGGAGGGCACAGUUUGAAUUGGGGUUAUCAAGGGGUCAUGGCAGUGCGCUACUUGAAAGUAUUACAGCUCCAGAAAAGGUGGUUGAACAUUAAAGCUUUACAUUACUAAAUUUUUUUAAAUUAAGAAUAAUUUACCAUGUGUUUGAUUAAAUAUAAUCUGAACUUUAAACUUUUACACAACUCAGUCAGGGACAUCAUUCAUCUUCAAAUGGACUGAUUUUGUAUGAAGUAUGAAGGCCUGAAACAGUGCAAAAAACUUCCUGUGACUUCACAUGUGUAGUGCUUAUCUUAUCUGUAACAAAAAACUUACGUGAAGUUCAUUGCUGAGAGAUAAAAUUCUUCUGUAUGGAGAUAAAAUUCUUCUGUAUUAGCAGCUUGGAAAUUCAAAAUGUAUCCUAUUGGUGGUCUUUCAUUUACUUGUAAUCCAUGAUGUCUGUAUAGCAGAAAAAUACUUUAAAUCCAUGGAUGGAAAAAAUGUCCUCACUGUAUAAUUAGUCCAAAUCAAACAGAAUAAAUUCGAUAAAACUGGGACAAAACAGAGUCAGAUAUCAAUAGCAUACAAAAAAGUGACAAGAAAUGGCAAGGCUACACUUGGUUUACACAACUAGCUUACACCGAGUGAUAAAAGUAAGUAGAAACCAACAUGAAGUAACCACAUCAUCGCAAAAAGCCUUGGUGAAAAUAUGACUAAGCAGACUGCCUUCAUCCACAUACCAAACUCUAAUGAAACCUACUUUUCAGGUUUCACAUGAGAGCAGUGACGCAUGUCUUUUGUUGUUAGUCUGACACUCCUGUGCUCAUGGAAGUAGCUGAAAAGCAGAUGACGCGUUAAGCUCAAUGUAGCAGCACCUCAGAGACUAUAAGCUGCUCAGUGUGAUAUCCUGUCGUCUUGUCACACCCUUGGCUGUCAGAUGGAAAUGACAGGAUUGGUAUUAACAAACAAUAUAACAGUUAAUAUAUGCAAAGAGACUGUACAGGAAGAAAACUCAUGCCUGUAUAGAAGCCACUGAAUUGUAACUGUUAUCUCUAAAGAAAUAAGUCAGCAUUGUCGGAAUAAUUUCACUUUGCUGGUCUAUGUUUCUGCAGAUGUCUGUUGGCUGAUCUACCACAGUCCAACAUCAUGGUAUAGCAGUUGCACCGAGUGUCUGAAUUAUUGCGUUCACUGUGACUAUGCUGGCAUUGCUGACUGUCACACCCUCCCAUCUGAAACAUUACCAUGCAAUUAGCUGCAGAAUACUCUUCAUCUGAUGCAGAGCUGCAUAAUGAAAUUCUGGCAUUGUAUCCAAAUUAUGAAAAGAACCACCCUUUUUGUGAAGAAGCUUUCAUAGGAGUGCCAGGGAACACCAACGACUGCACCUCAGGUGACCCAUCUGUCACACUUCUAAAAUUUGUGGAUGACACCACAGUCAUUGGACUCAUUGGAGAUGUUGAUGAGUCCGUAUGCAGACGGGAGGUGGAUCAAUUGAUCCUCUGGUGCAGCCAGAACCAUCUGGAGCUGAACCCGCUCAAAACUGUGAAAGUGACAGGGGACUUUAGAGAAGGGCCCCUUUUAUACUUGCCCUCCUCACAAUCCUCAGCUGCACAGUGUGUACUGAGGACUCAUUCCAGUUUCUGGGAUCUACUAUCUCCAGGGACCUGAAGAGGACUGUCCACGUAGACUCCAACAGGAUAAGGCCCAGCAGAGGUUGUACCUCCUGCAACAACUCAGAAAGUUCAACCUAUGUCAGGGGCUGCCGAUCCACUUCUUCUCCGCCAUCAUCCAGUCUGUCCCCUGCAUAUCCAUCCAUCAGUUUGGUUUGGGUCUGCCACCAAGCAGGACAGAAACAGACUGCAAUGGACAAUCAGGACUGCAGAAAUAAUCAUAAGGGCCAAGAUGCCCUCCAUCCAGGAUUUGUACCAGUCCAGGGUCAGGAAGUGGGCAGGUAACAUCACUACAGAACUCUCACACCCAGGACACAAACUGUUUAAACUCCUCUCCUCAGGUAGUUGUUACAGAUCACUGUAAACCAAAACCAGCUGACACAAAGACAGUUUCUUCCCCCGGGCUGUUGAACUCCUAAUGUUCACAGAGUCAGUGAAAGACCACUGUGCAAUAACCUGUAAACAUUCACAGUGACAGUAAAUAAAUGUUCAUUUUUAUUACUACCGUCAUUUAUAACUCUCCCACAUAUAGACACCACCCUUUUAUUUGACAUCUACCUCUGCAUACCAUUAUUCAAUAUGUAAUAUGAAAAAUGUAUUUAAAACAAAAUAUAUCUUUCUCAUGUGUAUAACUCUCCUGUUAUACAGUAUAAUGGCGUAUGCUUGUAUUUUUCUAUUGCUCAACAUUCUUUUGCACUCCUCACCAUAGUGUACUGCCUAAAACACUCUUGUAAAAAUGAGUUAAAUGUCUAAGUUUUUACAUGUUUUUGUAAGAUUUUGUAAGAUUUCCUGUUUGUACACCAAGAGCAAAGUUCACAAGUAUCAGUUUCCUUGUAUUUGUCCACAUACUUAAUUAAGCAGAUUCUGGUUUUGAAUUUAUUAACAGCCAUUAAACAGGUUACAGCCAUCGGUGAUUUGUGGUGUCAGGUAUGAAGAAAAGCUAAUACUGAUCUCGUGAUAAACUAGCAUUUAUACUACAGGGGGCAAUCAUGACCCUCAGUCAGAUGUUUUUUUAUGGCUAAAACAGGCAGAAGACUUAUUUUGCUGUCGUUUAAGUCCGCCCCAGCUCAAUAGGGGGCAGAGUGGUGAAUCCUCUGCAGAAUGGCGUCUCUGGGUUCAUCCUGUGUUUCGCUAUUUACGGAGCAUGCGCACGGCAAUCUUCCUUUUUCCAGUGCAGCGGAGUCAAGCCCCAGUCUUUGGCUCCGGGCUCCUUCAUAAGGAGACAAAAAGACUGCAAAAUGGUUUGUAAUUCAUCCCAAUAUGUGCCACCAUGUAUGCCUAAGACAUACAUUAUGUGCUACGUGGUGUCAGAUGUUUAAAAUCAUGGUGCAGAUGUUCAGAUGAAGUUAGAUUCACCUCUGCUAACAUUUAGCCGGCUCUGCUCAAACGUGGCCUAAUGGCUUCCUUCACAAACCCUCUGCUUCCUUCUGUUUUCAUGCUGCUUUAACCUGAUUUGACAUUACUGUGUUACGACUGUGUCUCUGUGAUUACAUUCCCGAUAUUUCCUUCUAUUUUGUUAUAUCUCUCGCCUGUUAGCGUCUGUAGCAGAUUGCUAACUUCUGUGGUUUACUUCCAUUAGACUAGCUUGUAAAUGUUAGCCCUGUACCCCAUGACAGUGACAGCUCAGCUGGCAUGGACGCACAACACAGCGAAGCAAUUAAAGUUUGACCAAAUGUUACAACAUUUAUGCUAAACCAGUGCAUGUCUUCUUGCAGGGUUUUGUUAAAGUGGUGAAAAACAAGGCCUACUUCAAGAGGUAUCAGGUCAAAUUCAGGAGGAGGAGAGGUAAGUUGUUUGAAGAUUGAAAGUCAUUUUCAAUCUGGGAUUCAGUUAUGUUGUGCAUCAUUUGUUAAGCAAUCAAAUUAUUUGUUGCUUUUCAGAGGGAAAGACUGACUACUAUGCUCGCAAGCGCCUGGUUGUUCAAGAUAAGAACAAGUACAACACACCCAAGUACCGGAUGAUUGUCCGUUUCUCCAACAGGGACAUCGUCUGCCAGGUGAGUCUGCAUCAAGAGCUUUCUGUUGAUCUGACCAAAAAGUGAAGUCUGAAUCUGUUUGUGCUGUAAAACAGAGCAGUGUUGUUAGAGGCCUUACAUCUGAAGAAUCAUGUGUACUUCACGGAAACUGGUCAGUUGAAGGUUACUUCUGGGAGCCAGUGCUGUCAUAAUUCAAUUAUUUUCAAUAUGAGGUGAUGUCCUAAGCAAGAAGCUUCUAAGCUCUCACAGUGGUUAUUUGUAUGUUGGAUGUCCAUCUUGUACAAUGUGCUUAUAUGGGAAUCAUCCCUGAUCAGGCAAAAAUCUGAUGUACUGUUAAUAGAAAAUUACAAUAGGAAAAGAUAAUGGUCAUGUUGACAUUUGUCUUUUAAAAUUUUUAAACAAAAGAGAAUACUUCCUCUGAAUCUACUCGCAAACCAGAGGAGGGGUGUUGAGCGUAGGUCAUUGUACAGUGUCAUGAAAGUCCCUGUCAAUAGCCAUCAGACCAAAAUGAAUAGAAAACAAAAGGAGACAGAGUGACAUGGUUACCAUUCCCCUUUGCUCUGGAUGCAGCAGACCUGGAUGUGGCAUCUAUUGAAAGCAUGUGGGUUUAAAAGUAUUAAAAUUGGACAACUGUACCGUAAACACUAUUGAAAAAUCUAAAUGAAGGGCUGUUUGUUUUUAAAAAAUCUAAUUGGUCAAAGAGCUGCUUUGCCUUGCAUGUAAGAGUAAACCCCUUUCAGCUUUGCACCAAUAAAGUUAUAACUUCAAACCUCUCUGAUCUUCCCUUUCACAUGUGAGAUCUUACUUGAUUGGUGGGAGGAGGGGGCUUUCAGGGGGCAAAAUGUUCUGUAAAAUAGUCCCUACAGAAGUAGCACUGGAUUAUUGUUGUACUCAAGAUAACGUGGCAAAAUAACAGAGUAAAGCCGUUAUGGUAGUUUUUUUUAAUCUGUCUCCAGAGCCCUGUGUGAUUGGUCAAGUUCAUACGUAAAAGUGGAUAAUGAGACGUUGGCCAGCAGAGAAGAGUAUAAAGCAGUUUUUUUUUUUUUUAUGCACAUUAUCUAACCAGUCACAAAACCGCUGUAGAUUAAAGCAUUUUCCUGCCUACUAACAGGAAAUUUUUCACCAUCUCUACCUGCUGCAUGAUCACAUCAGCACAUCUAGACUUGGAGCAAAAUUUUACAAGAAGCUGGCUUGCAAAAGUCUGAAUGGAAUUUUAAAAACAUUCUUCAUAUGUCUGCAUAAGUGAACAGGGUUUAGAACUAUUGUUUGUUAGUCAAUUCUACACGUAAACAGUGAAUGCAGGCUGACUAUAAAACCAUGAUAACUCUUGAUUGUGUUGCAGAUCGCUUAUGCCAAGAUUGAGGGUGACAUGAUCGUGUGUGCUGCCUACUCACACGAGCUGCCAAAAUAUGGGGUGACCGUGGGCCUGACAAACUACGCAGCAGCCUACUGCACUGGUCUGCUGGUGGCCCGCAGAGUAAGUCUCCACCUGGUCAAAUGUUUUGAUGUUCUGAGUUUUCAUUGUUUUACUAUUAAAAAAAAAAAAUUUGGUCUGUUUACAUAACGCAUAUGGAUAUGUUUGUGUUUGAUCAUUUAUCUUAUCUGCUGUAAUUUAUUCGUCAUCAGCUGCUGAACAAGUUUGGCCUGGAUAAGGUUUACGAAGGCCAGGUGGAGGUCACAGGUGAUGAGUUCAACGUGGAGAGCAUUGAUGGUCAGCCCGGCGCUUUCACCUGCUACCUGGAUGCUGGACUUGCAAGAACCACCACAGGCAACAAGGUGUUCGGUGCUCUGAAGGGAGCAGUGGAUGGAGGCCUGUCCAUCCCACACAGGUAAUGUUGGCUCUGAUAAAUUUCAGUGAUUAACAGGAGUAGGCCUGUCACGAUAACAAAUUUUGCUGGACAAUAAUUGUGCUACAAAUUAUUGCCGAUAAAUGAUAUUAUUGACACCGUUUUUUGAAUUAUAGAUAAUGAUAAUAUAUGGCAUAAUAAUGCGAGUACACCAUGUCAAAAGCAAUAACCUUUAAUUGCUCAAGAUUAAGAACUUUGAACUAGGAUGAACAAAUAUAUAAACAAACAAGACAACCAAAAAACAAUGAAAAUAAAAUGGACCCAAAUUCUGUUUUUAUCAAAAACUGCAUUCAAAUGAAAACCACAAUCACAACUACAAACAAUAAAAAAAUAGACCUUGUCUCUGGUACGGAACAAAAACUUCACUCCACACAUAACUAUUACAACAAUAAAUAAAGUGGAGUCUCGAGUCUGUUAACAAAAUUGCACUAAAUAAUUAGCUUUGGGUGCUAUUCCUCAACAGGUCAACAAAGAACAUGCAUGCGCACCUCAAGCACAAUCAUCCCCGCGGAUGAUUGUGCUUGAGGUGCGCAUGCAUGUUCGUCGUAUUCCCCUAUUCUUUGUCACCGAAACUUUCGAACGAAUGCGACAUAUCGUCCGUGUUCGUGGGCUCACCUCUUUCAUUCUAUUUGAAACCGAAAUGUUCCCACACUGGGGCUGUUGCGUUUGAAUUAGAGACCAAAGCUGUCGUUUCAUCAUUUAUAGCGUUUGCUCCGCACUGUGUCAGUAAUGACUGACAGGAGGGUUCACUCACUGCGUUCAUUCGCUAUAGAGCCAACGCACCCAGGUGUCGAGAAAAAUGCGCAGAGUGAGACCUCUUCUCUCAUCCAGCGUGUGUGAUAGUGAGAGAGGAGGAAAACAAAUGCACGUUAAUUAUCGAGGCUGGCAAAAUUACCGACCUCGUUUUUAUUUACCGAGCGAUUAGGCGAUUUAUUGAUUAUCGCGACAGGCCUAAACAGGAGAGAUUUUGUACAGGUAACAGUUUUAUAACAUCUGUUUGUUUGUCUGGAAUUGAGGGGGGUAGCGCUAUGGUGCUGCUGUGGUUUGUAUAUCCACUAAAAACCUCCUUUCAAGUGUAUUUCAGGUGAAAAGGAAUGGUUUACACUUUGAAUCAAAGUAGUUACUAACUUCAGACAGUCUCCCCUAAAUCAGUCUCACAAAAGUUCAGUUAAAUCUCCAACAAAUCCUACACGCUGUAUUUCAGACUAACCCUUGACAACAAAAGUCCUUAAUUGUUUUUCCUUUGAAACACCUUUAAUCUGAAAUGGCCACCUUGGCAAGUGGCCAUUUUUCAGCAAACCCUGAGCAAUACGUCAUGCAAACAGGGAAAUGGGACAGAAAUGAAACGUCAGAUUACACAGAUUCAGUUGGGAACUUCAAUGUCCUGAGUUUGAACCAUGGUAGUUGUUUUCUACUCUCAGGUGUCAGACUUGUUUGAAAGGGGAGGUUACAUAGGAGUUAAGAUGUUUGCAUGUGUGAUCCCUUUCCACCAAAAACUUGGCAACCAAACUGGAUAAUUAAUAUUCCUAUUUUUAAUUUCUGCCCUGCAAAGCUCCUGAUCAGAGACAUUUAGUGAAUUUUAGUUAGUAUUGAAAGGCUAAAUCUUGUUCUACUUGAUGGACAGAUGCUCUGUCAGUGUUUUCUCCUUUUCUUACAUAUGGAGCCCUUUGGUUCGUCAUUGUGUAGUAGCAUGAUUCUUCCUGUCAAGAUGCAGGUUGACUUAAAGAAAAUGUGUAGGGAUCAGAUGACAUUGCCAUAUAUCUCCUUUGCUCUCCAUCUGCAACAGAUGUAAACUUAUAGAUGCAUGUAUUUGAGACACCAGAGGCAGAGAGGUGCACAGUCUGCAGGGCUUCAAACGCAAACAAUUGGCACCUUACCAUGCGCAAAGAGCUGUGGCUGUUUUUAAGGUCUUCAGAGUGUGACGGCUGCAGAGCAGUCAGAAAAUAACAUCAGAAUUCUUGAUUUGUUUUCUUGUAUUAAAUCAAAAAUAACAGACCCCUUUCUUUCAUUCACUUUGGGUGGAUGGGUAGAUAUUGCAUCAUUCAGAGCAGGAGUAUUCAAGUAUCAAAUUUUGAUAACCUUAGUUUGUAGCUAUCGGUGCUUCAGACUAAAUAUCUAGUCAUGUUAAUUGUUCCUAUGGGAUACCUAUGUAGUGCAGCACCUCUGACAAGACAGAAAAAACAUAAGAAUCCACAGAAUAUUACAGCAGUUAAAAUAUUCCAUGCACACCGAAGGUAAAGGACGUGUAAAAUCAGCUGCAAUCUUGUGAACAUGUGAUUUCCUAGCUGUAGUGUAGUGAUCGCAGCUGCCCUGUCCAAGCUGGACCCAAAAACUCUUCUGAAAGAGUGGAAAAAGUCACGUUUAGGAUUUUCUCUGUCAGAUUGUCCUGAUGAAGACUAGAUGUGCAAGUCAAGUUGUAGAAGUUAUACACACACCGCUACACAAAUAGAGGAUAAAUGACUCGAUCAUUGGAUCACAGAGGUUUGCUCAUUGCAUUCAUAAGAAAACAAAUCAGAGAAAGUCGAAGGAGCUAAUGGCUGACGUCAUGUCUGCUUGGUUGGUUUGUCAUCAGAGUGAAGAUUUCAGAUGACAGGAACAACAAACAUCCAGUGAACAAAAGAGGAAAAAGAUGUUUUAAUUACUCGAAAGAGGAAUCUUAAGUAUAGCAGCAUUCCAGAGUGUGGCAUGGCUCGAUUUUUUUCCCUGGCUGUAAUUUGGAGGUUUUGCUCAGGUUUGUUUCCUCCAGUGUUUCACUGAACCUGCUGUGAACUUACCUCAGUGAUGCUGUUUUUGUUUCUGCAGCACCAAACGCUUCCCUGGGUAUGAUCCAGAGAGCAAGGAGUUCAACGCUGAGGUCCACCGCAAGCACAUCAUGGGCAUCAACGUGUCCGAGUACAUGAGCUACUUGAUGGAGGAGGAUGAGGAGGCGUACAAGAAGCAGUUCUCCCGUUUCAUCAAGAAUGGAGUGACCCCUGAUGCGGCAAGUCCUUUCUUUGUAUUUUCCUGCACCAAAAACAGUUAGGAGUUGCUUUUUACAUGUCUGAAGAGUUUAUAAUUUGUAAUGUUUUGGGAUUUGCCUCUGAGUUUAGUUGACAUGGAUAUUAUCUUGUCCGUUAAAUACAAAUUUUUAUUGUAAUGGGUUUACAGUAUGCUGUCAAAUGUUAGAUGAGCUGCUGAUGUCUCUACUCAUCCUGUCCAAGCUGCUGUAAAGGGGUCAGACAGAACAAAAAUGGACCAGCUGAUAUACCCUGAACCUACUGCUGUAUUAGGUGUUGCAGUAAAUUGAUUAAGCAGAAUAGAUAAUAUUGCAACACAAGUCUCAUAAGAUUGUUCAGCCGUGGUCUGUGCAUGUGUGGAUGAGUAAUUGUUAAAUAGAUGCCAGAGAUUAAAAGAGUAUUCAGCCUCCAAGUGCCCAUCUCUAAUGAACUCCAGUGCAACCUGGGAAAAUGAAUAGAACUGAGGUCAGGAUCGUUAUACUGAAUUUUAGACAUGAUGUACUACCUUUUCUAUGUGAUCUCAAUAGUUUUGCACAAGCUUGCUUUCUCUUGAGAAAAUCAGAGUAAUAAUGUUCUAUCAACACAAAGUUGAGAAGUUGUUGGGUGCAAACCUGGACAAAUGAUUCAACCCUGUAGAUGUUUGGUCUGGUAUGAGAGAGGGUUCUCAGCUCCUGAUGCUUCCACAGAUGGAUCAUCUGUUCCUCUCGUCUAAUACUCCACAUCAGGGCCUUUUUGACACUGGCUUUGCCCUUUUUCUGAGCAGGGUUUCCUAAGCUUUAGCAGGGCCACAAUUGGCAGCAUGUCAACAACAGUGAGGAGUUGGUGUUAAUGGCUACUUCUCUGACCAGCAGUCACACCCACAGCCUGCCUCUUUUAAUGAUCUUGGACAUUAGCAAAACAUCAGAUGAUGCACAUUUUAAUACGUCAGCUUUAAAGAAAAAAGGGGCACAAAGAAGACGAGAUUACGUUAAUCUUUAGGCCACAUCAGAAAUGUAGUCAUCUUUACUUUUCACUGAAUUUCUUUGUUAUAAAACUUAAAAAUGAAAAUGAUCUAAAUUCAUUUGUAUGAGUAGUAUUUAACACAGCGUGUGUGAGUGAGAAAUGAAUAGCACCAAGAGGGAACACACAUAAUUGGAUAUGCUCUUUUAUUUCCAGAUUGAGGGAAUGUAUCUGAAGGCUCAUGCUUCCAUUCGUGAGAACCCUGUCCAUGAAAAGAAGCCUCCCAAAGAAGUCAAGAAGAAGAGGUAAGGAGGAUUUUUUUUUUUUAUCAAAACCACAGAAAUGUUUGUUUUAGGGCCAGAAAUCAGACUUUAUUCUACUGAUGUGGAAGCACCUGUCCUUGUUAGUUUCAAAUGGUAACCAUGCUUUAUUUUGUGGCUCAGGUGGAACCGCGCUAAACUCUCUCUUGCCCAGAGGAAAGACCGUGUCGCUCAGAAGAAGGCCAGCUUCCUCCGGGCUCAGGAACAGGAGGCUUCAGAUUGAGGUGUUGAUCGACUCCGUUCCAAGUGCAAAAUACUUUGUUCUAAUAAAUCUAUCAAAAAGAAUUCAUUGCUCCUGUGUGCUUUGUUACGCUGCACUUAAAAAGUCUCAUGUCCUCCUGUAAAGGCCCUUCUGAUCUUUUGGGGUGUUACUUUUAGUAGUUUUGUGACUUUGUUGCUUUAUUUAGACUUGCCAAGAAAGUCAGCAUUUCAAUCAACCCGAGUUUUCAGCAAACUCUUGCACAGAAAAAAACGAACUUGUCUUUUUAGUGCAAGUCGAGCAACUUUUAACAUGUAAUGCUAUAAAAGAAGUAAUGGUCACAUGCUAUGCAGUUCAAAACGGCUGAAUUUUCCAGUAUAAUGGCACAACCACAUCAGAGUUAAUAUCUGUUUGUGCAAUAUAAGAAAUUUGACAUCCAUAAAGUACCUUGUACAUAUAUUUCAGAGAUCACAAGGGUUGGGAUGCUGUGUAAAACGUUGACAGAUUUGGAUGUUUGCAAAUAAUUCAAUCUAUUUAAAAUUCUGCAAAUGAAAUUGAUCAAAUGUCUAAACUGAAAACAAAAAAACUACAGGAUAGCUGGUACAAUGACAAUGAAACUAGUAUGUGAUGCCAGCAAAAAAAAAAAAAGUCACCCACCUGAGAUAACAUGCACUAACUAACGUGCACUGGUGCAUAACGGAAUGAAUAGCAUGACAGAAAAGACCCCUUAAUACCUUUUAUCAGGGAAGAAUGGGAUAUUUCACUCUAGAAACUGGUUGCAGCAUCCAAACAGUAAAGGGUUUUUAGGAGAAGAGGUGAUGCAUACUCCUGUCACAGCUUUUCUUUAAAUGAGUUGCAGGCAUCACAUUUAAUUUGAGCAUAUGUUUUCAUAAAACAAUAGCAUGUUUCAAUUUUAAAAACACUUGGUCUGCUGCAUUUGCACUAUUUCAAUCAAAUUCAGGCUUUAAAUGUUUUGCAAACCAAUUGUUUUACACAGUAUACUGACUCUAAAGGAGCUGAGGUUGUGAUUGAGAAGAUAGUGCAAUGCAAAGGAUUUAAACACUUUUAACGUAAAAAGUUAGCUGUUGUAGUUUUCAAGUCCAAUACUGUUUUAUCUUGGUCAUGGUCUCAAAAAUUGCACUUGCUCCUUUUCCUUCAGUUUCAGUAUGUAAACAAACAGAAGAAUAAUGAUGAAAUAAAAGUGACAUUCCUGCAGGUUAAAAAGCUUCAGUCGUACAUGAGGAGAUAACUACGAUGAAAACUAUUCUUCUGCUUCCACAGUAAAAAGAAUCAUUUUAAGUUAAAAACCUUCCAGAGACAGGAAUCGGUCUUGUGCCUUUGUGCAAUACUUGCUUAAUUACUAUGAGUCUUUAGUGUGAGAGAUUUUCUUCCACAGCAGGGUCUUGAGAUUGUUCAGAAUUAGCGAGUGCUCGAUUUCCAUCUGCUCUGUUGAGCCUUUCAGUGCAAUGCAAGCAUACAGCUGCUUCUCCAGCUCCUCCCUCACAUCAUACGGGGCUCCUCUCAGAAUAUAGUCCUUGAGGGCUUCACAGGCUUUGGCUAAGUUCGGCCUUGUGACCUCAGGUGUACACCGGUGCUUGGUGAGGUCACAAGAAGUGAGGCAGUCUGCUCCAUAGAGACAGUUCUCAUCCACAUCACAGCGCUGCUGCCGGAUGAUUUCUUGGAAGGUAGCUUCAGGAACAAUAUAGCGUGCGUCCAUCACCUUCAGGUCAUGCCGAUCAUUGUAACCAAAGCUGUUGGCACUCACAUCACACAUGAGGAAACUGCCAAAUGUGCCGUGGAAAAUGUCCUCCACCAGCUCCAGCAGUCCGAUGGAGAUCUUGGCCUUGUGCGGCCAGGAGGGGGUGAACCACUGGUCCAUGCUGCGGCGCAGACCAGCUGGAAUCCAGACCUCCAUAAUCCAGGGAAGGCUGAUCCCAUACAGAGGAGAAUAUGGCACCUUUUCCAUCACAUACAGGUCUCCACAGAAGCCCAGUAGCUUGGGUGUGUGCUCUCUGUCUUGUAAAACUAAAGCUAGUAGGAACUCAUUCAGCUGCAGCAGAGCCCACGUGGAGCGAGCCUCAGGCAGUGAGAUGUGACCGUCCUUGUUGGCGUCUGUUAUAGACAAGACUUGUGUUGCCAAGUCUGCGAGGUUUGCCUGAUCUCCCACUUUAGCCUGUAAAAGAGAGAGAGAAAAUUUAAUGUUAAAACAAGGCUGUCACUUAAAAUAUUAUCGAAGCCCAAGUUUGGAAUCAUACAAACCUUUUGCAAACCUCAGGUGUGCAAUAGGUUCACAGUCUUUAGUCUUUAUUGGUGCAAGAAAAAAAAGAUUUCACCAAGACAGAAAAGACUUCUGCAUACAAAUUGCUCAGUUGAAAUCAAAUAGAACUCUAGGGACUCCACCAAACAUUGAAAUUAAAGCCUCUCCAAAGUACUGUCACAAAAUGAAAGCUCAACAUAAGUCUAGAAGCAGGAGGAGUAGACACUCUUCAGACAAUACUUUCAGAAACUGUAUCAUACCCCAUUUAAAUACAGCUGCACACUCAAGAGAAAAACCUCAUAGACAUCAAACCUACUGUCAGUCCACUUCAGUCCAAAAAUUACAGUACAUGAACAUACAGGUUGUAUAUAUUGUAUGCAGUGAUACUACAUGAUAUGAAAGUUGGAAUGUUAACCUAAAGCUCCUGUAAGGAACUUUCCAUUAGUGUUUCAGGCGUUACAAAUAAGGAUGUAAACAUGGUCAGUUUGACUGAUGAUGAUCUUGUUUGCUUUUAGAUGUCAUUAAAAGACAUCAGUACGAAUUUCAGUCUAUUUCAUCAAUAUAUAACAAAACUCCUCAUAGGAGCUUUAGAAUCUUCUGUACCCUUAAUUGAUCACAGUCCAAAAAACUAACUUGCAACUUCUUGCAUUUUUAAAACUAAAGGUAUCCCAUUCCUGCUCAGAAAUUUGAACAAUAUGUAUAGACAGUACUGUAUAUUCAAGAGUUAUAUCCACUGAAGAACUUAAAGUGGAUCACACACCAGUAUAAUAUUGGAAUAUAUUUGAUUUUGAACAACUACAGUGCAGUGAAUACAGUCUAAUCUUAUGCCAUUCACUACACAACCAAAUACAGCAGGGGGCAGUGUGUGCAUGUAAAAACUGAAUAUUACAUAUGUAACUAAUCAUGAAAGUUUUCUAGCUGUGCUUGUGUAAAUAAUUGAAAGUACUGUAUUAAGUCUGCAUUUGCUUUAGGGUCUUUACAUAAUAAUAGUGUGAUAAUCCCAGCACAGCUGGGACUUGAAAGUAUUUGCUUUGGUAUUUAGGGAUUAUUAUGGGCAAAAUGGGCCAGAAAUAAUCAGCCGAAUCUAAUUCAGUCCAUCCCUGAGUGUACCUGCUGUUUGAGUGCUUCCUGACCUUUAAGUGGUUGAGGAUCAUCUCCCUGAACUUCUCCACAGAUGUCCCCUCCGUGGGCUUGUUGAAGGCUGUAGCCUCCUUCCUGGGCUCCAUCUCACUCCCCAAAUCAUACUGAGGAGCUUCCUCCAUCUGGCACUUAAUGACUCCCUCCAGGUCUCCCCAGAUCCCUGAG